AUGCGCGGGCUUUUUCCAGUUGAGGCCUUGUCCAAGCCAGAGGAUGCCGAUGGCCACGUCUACAUCGACGAUGGGAAGCUACUCGUAUUGAUCUUUGCCAGUCCACAGGAUCGCAGAGUUCGUCACGAGAAGGCGGUCCCCGACCAGUUCGGGCUGACGCUGCUUGCCAGACGGACGGCGAGGAUGGCAUCGCCUUUUGUCACGAGGUCCGUGGUUCCUCGCCGGAGACUUCGGCGACAAGAUCCGACAAUUCCGAUGGUCCGCUGGCCACCAGGCGCUCAAUAUCAGUGGUUGGCUGCGGAGAGUACACUCCGGAUGACCCCCAUCUGCCAAGCUGCAAGAUCUAUUGGAUUUGGCGCUUGCAUCGAGGGCGAUUUGGAUGGACCGUGCGUGGGAGAAAAGGGCGGAGGCA